AUGGUCCUGCGCAACGAGGUCGCCUACAAGCUCACCGUCGAGACUAUUGACGCCCUUGUCGAGUAUCACAAGGAGAUCCACUGCGUCGACGCAAAGGCCAACACCUACGACUGGUCCGAGAAGGAGCAGCAGUGCAAGAAGCUGCACGAGGACUUUGUGCAGGCCAUCAACAAGUUCGUCUUCCGCACACAUGUCUCUGCUCUCGAGGGUCUCGAGGAGGAGGGUGCUGGCGAGCUACUCAAUGGAAAGAGCGAAGAGGUCAAGGCGAACCUCAUGAACCUCAUGAAGCCGCUUCUGCCUCCCCCGCCAAGGGUUGUCGAGGUCAUUCGACAGCCACCUCUGCUGCCCAGCUCUCCCAUCGCCAACAUGUGGACACAGGCUCCCCCUCACAUCAUCCCCGCUGCUGUUGAGCCCUGGCAGGUGCUGCCCUCAAGUCCCAGCGUGACUUCAUCCGUCGACUCGAGCAACACUCCUCUCUGGGCCAACAUGGGCAUGAGUGAUGUCCAGCUGCCUUCUCCUACUCCUUCGUUUAGCCUUCCGCAGUCUACUGCCGAGCUCUUCUACAGCCCGCCAAUCAUGGCACCCAUUCCAGCUCUCCCAUUGCCGAGCGUAUAUGCGCCCUCGCAGUGCGGUGUAAGUCUGGGCAUGGGCAUCGGUGGCUUUGGCGGCUGGGAUCGCUACCAGGAGUAUGCCACGAUAAUGUGA